AUGCUGGAGACUAAUGACACACUUAAUCCCGUAUACACUCAAGAUGGUGAAAAGCGACUCCGUACCAAAGUUGCUUGUGAUUAUUGUCGCAAACGGAAAUCCAAAUGUAACGGAGAACAACCCUGUUCGAAAUGUUCAGACAAGAAUAGAAAUUGCACUUAUACAUUUGUUCAAAAAGAGCGGAAAAGAAAACAACGUAAGUCUACUACUGCAGGUGUUGAGAAUAAGAAUAAUGGAGCGGUUAGAAAAGCACGAACAACAAGUGCAGCAACAAUUCGACAUUUGACUUCCCGUAUCAAUGUAUUGGAGAAUUUAUUGGGCAGAUUGGUGGACAAAUUGGAUCCCACCGUCAAAUCUGAGUUAUCCGAUGAAUUACAAUCUACUUCAUUGACAAAUGACAAUAAUGAUAGUAGAGAAAGACACAACAGGUCUUCAAGCAAUUCAAGUGAUAAUGGUGAUGAAGAUGAUGAAGAAAACGAUCUUCAAGAAGCCCACGAGAGUGGUGACAGUGAUGGCAGCAUAAACUAUAACCACAAUAAUGAAAGUAAUAAACAGAUUGAUACCAAAGACUCCAAUGAGAAUGAGGUUAGAAAAUUAAGAGACAUGUUAGCACCAGCAGAGAAGAGUUGUGUUUCCAAUAUCAAAAACCGAUUAAUGCAAUAUUUUGGGUCUCACGCCCUUUUCUUUUCCAUAUCUGGUCGUGCUGUUGAGUGGUUAAGAUCACGAGUUCAAGGGAGUAAUGCUAACAAUAUGCAUGAUAUUUUCGCUCCCUUGAGACACGUUCCAUUAUCAUUAAAUGACGCAGUGCAAAAAUCGACAAAAUUAUUAAAUGGCCCAGAGGUUGAAACCGAUAAAAAGCGACAAUUUGAUGAUUUAGAAAAGCCAUUGAUAUUUGAAAUCAUUGAUAAAUAUUAUAAGAAUCUCUAUUGGGCUCCAUUCUUGUGCGAUGUGUCCACAAUUAGAGAGUUAUUUCAAAUUUAUUUUUAUGGAGCGCAAAGAAAUGAUGCGGCAAUUUUGGGUAAUAUUACUUAUAGCGAUUUGUUGAUUAUGAAUAUUGCCAUUGUGCUAUGUUUGGCCAGUAUUUCAAAAGAUGAUGUUUUUGAAAGUCUUGAGUAUCCAACUUUAUCAACGAAAUCAAUUUCUUAUUUACAAGGUGAACUACUAAACAAAUUGUUCCAAAAUGCUAUGGGAGCAUAUGGCAAGGUAUCGCGAAGUAGUGAUGGAAUUCGAUCAUUACAAGGGUUAGCAUUACUUAUUCUUUACUUUGAAAUUAACUUUGUCACUGAUUUCCAUGUAAAUUAUAGUAUAACUAGUGUUUUGAUUAGAUAUGCCAAGGAGCUGGGUAUACAUCGAGUGGAAACUCUAAACAAUGACAAUGGGAUUGAUGCUACUUUGAAAAGAAAGUUAUGGUGGUUUUGUGAGUAUAAGGGGGUUGACAUAACAUACAAGAGUGGCAAACCAAUUUUAAUCGAUAUGGAAGAUGUCACUACGUUAACUGAAGUUGAUGAUUUUUUCAUGUCUGUACCGACAACAUUAUUUCUUGACAGCAAGUAUUUGGAAAAUGCUAAUGAUAUUGUUUUGAAUAGUCAGAUUCAUGGUGGUGAGUAUUAUUUUGCCUAUUUUUUAUUGAUUUUGUCGAGAAUCAAGGCCAAGAGUUAUGCCAAAGUAUAUUCAAAAUUACCAAUGAAUAUCAAUAUCCAAGCAGCAUUGACAUUUGUCAAUGAGUUUGAUUACGACUUGAGAAUAUUGACCAACUUGAUGCUGCCAAUAUUAGCAUCACCGCCACCCAAGGACACUACUUUUAAAAAUCCUUUAAACCUAAGUGAAGGUUGUUUUAAUUAUUUCAAAGUUGAAUUACUAUUAUCACAAUAUGCGCAUCAGCUUUCAAUAAAUCGAGUGCCAUUUGUAAAGAGUUUUGGUAUUAACGACUCUCGUUUGAUACCGUAUGGCAACCAAUCACUAGCUGGAGCUAGAUUUAUGUUAGAAUUGAUAAAAGAUAUUGAUCUGUUAAAGAUUUCUCCUCGAAUGUAUUCCACAUUAUCGUUUUACCCAUUGGCAGCAUUUUGCAGUUUGCUUGGUAACUGUUUGGUAUUCCCCAAUGAACCCAGUGCAGUAAAUGACUCGGUGCUACUUGCCAGUGUUGCCAUAUCAUUUUUCAGACUGGAAGGAUGUAAUAAUAAAAUUGAUAAUAAAAGGUCGAUAUAUGAUAUUUUGGUGAGAUUAUUAUUGCGAGUAUUGAUUGAUGCAUUGAAGAAUCUAGCAAAAGUUGAUUUAUACGAAAAGAUACCAGAAUUGGAAUAUCAUAUUAACUCCAUGUUUACAUUGUUCCCUGAAGUUUUUGCCAAUCAGCAAGAUCAUAUUAUUUCUUUAAUGUCAGAGAGAAAUUCCAACAAUGAGAAUUCUAAUCAAUAUCCUAGUAUGGUUGAGAAUGGAGCAAGUUCUACAGGUAGUGGUAGCAGUGGCAGCAGUACCAGUAGCAGUAAUACAAUCAUAGACAGUGAUUAUCAGCACAUGGAUGUUGAUGUGAAAAAUGCGACGUCAUUACCACAGUCAUUUAUGAAUACACCUGGUAUGUUGAAUAUUGACAAUGGGAACGUAAUGUUAAUGAAUGGUAACUAUGAUUUAUUCAGUAAUAUAAAUUUUGAGAAUAUUAUGAGUGAUGAGACGUUCAAUAACAUGAUAUUUAGUGAACUUAAUCAGUUGCCAGAUUUUUUUAAUUCACCAUCUUCCGGCUUUAAUGAACAGAAUAUAUAA